AUGAAUUCUAAUGCUACAACAAAUUUACAAAUUAAUAAAAAUAUUACUAAUUUUGAACAAAAAAAUAAUUCAGAAAUUAAUACUCUUGAUUUAGUUGAGGAGGAUGAUAAAGCAUAUAAUUUCGAGAAAAUGCUAGAAGAAUAUAAUGAAAAAGACUAUAAUGAAUUUUUUAAUUACUACAAUGGUAUCGAUGCAGAUAUAAUUUUUAAUCAAACAAUUGGAGGUAAUAAGAAAGAAGAUGAGAAUAAAUAUAAUGAUGGCCUUAAACAAAUUGAUAAUAAAGAGUUUGAAGAAGAUGGGUUUAAUAAUAAAGAUGAUGAUGG